GCAUACUAUGACAAGUUCAUUUGAUGUUGCUUCGUUGUCAAUGAAAGUUCUGAUAGCGGUUUGAAAUGUGGUGUUCCAGCUUUUUUGCUUGUCUGGGCGUUUUGGCAUUUCUCAAUUACCUCUAUGGAACUCUGAAAUCACCCAUUCAGCUUCUAUAUCAUAAAUGGCUGCGGUUUAGUAAAAAGGACAUUUCCUUAUUAGAAGCCUACGGAGUAUGGGCAGCCGUCACAGGAUCUACAGAUGGCAUUGGCAAGGCAUAUGCCCGCCAGUUAGCCCGCAAAGGCUUUAACAUUGUUUUGAUUGCUAGAAAUGAAGAAAAGAUGCAACGAGUGGCUGAAGAAAUUGAAAACGAUUUUGGCGUUGGAGUCUAUAUGGUAAAGGCGGAUUUCUCCCUUGGCAAGCCUAUCUAUGAGAAGCUUUAUCAAGAUUUAGCUAAGAAACCUAUAAAACUUCUAGUUAAUAACGUUGGCAUUGGUCAUAAUCCACCCGGUCCAGUUGGUAACUUCUCUUCGGAUCACCUAUGGGACAUGAUUAAUGUGAACAUUGCUGCUGCCACCCAGCUCAGUCGUCACUUUGUGCAUGAAUGGUAUAGCAAUGGCAUCAAAGGGUGCAUAGUCAAUAUAUCAUCGGGUCUUGAACAGCAACCAUGUCCUCAUGGGGCAGUGUAUGGAGCAUCGAAGGCCUACUUACGCAGUUUUACCCUAGCGCUACAGCAUGAGGUGGAACACUUGGGCAUAAGGGUGCAAUUGGUGUCGCCAGGAUUUGUAGUAACUAAAAUCAACAAUUACUCCUCGUUUAUAAUGAAGGGUAAUCUAUUUACGCCUCAAGCUGAUCAAUACGCUGAAUGGGCGGUGGAAAGUAUUGGUAAAACUAAAGCAACUACUGGUUAUUUUUGGCAUGGAGUAUUUAAUACUAUUGUGAAAGUAUUACCAUGGUGGAUGAGAAGCCAACUUAUUAUUAUCGGAGGGAGCUAUUUAGUGAAUAAAAAACAGAAAUAAAAAAAAGUGACACCAAUAACAGAGAGUCUGACAAUAAAGAAUCUCGUACUUGUAAAUGGAAUCACA